GCCCAAUCCCAGCAGCGAUCUGGGCGCCCCUGCGUCGCCUGGGCAACGCGACACUCAGGCUCUCCAGUUACUCGGCUGCAGUUUGGAUCUGGCCCUGGAGAACUGAGCCAUGUCGCGACCGAAGAAUCAAAAUUAUAAGAGCCAUGGGUCAUCAAAAGGAAAAGAGCGAGAGCAGAGAGCAUCGAUUCGGUUCAAGACCACGCUUAUGAACACCCUCACGGACGUCCUCCGCAACAGGCCGGGAUGGGUGGAGGUGAAAGAUGAAGGGGAAUGGGAUUUCUACUGGUGUGAUGUCAGCUGGCUCCGGGAGAACUUCGAUCACACCUACAUGGAUGAUCACGUGCGGAUCAGUCACUUCCGGAACCACUACGAGCUGACCCGCAAGAACUACAUGGUGAAGAACCUGAAGAGGUUCCGGAGACAGUUGGAGCGCGAGGCAGGAAAGCUGGAGGCGGCCAAGUGUGACUUCUUCCCCAAAACCUUUGAGAUGCCCUGCGAGUACCACCUGUUCGUGGAGGAGUUCCGCAAGCACCCAGGGAUCACCUGGAUCAUGAAGCCUGUUGCGCGGUCUCAGGGCAAGGGCAUCUUCCUGUUCCGGAGGCUGAAGGACAUCAUGGACUGGAGGAAGGGCACUGCCGGCAAGAAGUUCACCAGCCUGGAGGCCCAGCCCGUCCGUGCCGCUGCUGCCACUGCCAAUCCCUCUGGCACCCACGACGCGAGAAGUUCUGAUGACCAGAAAGAUGAGCUACCCGUGGAGAACUACGUAGCUCAGCGUUACAUCGAGAAUCCCUACCUGAUCGGAGAUGGGUAUAAAGCUCUUCCUUGGUGCCAGCCGUGGCCUGGGCCCUGCUGCCCACUGCUCUCAUGGCGCCUGCACCCCGGAGGAGUGGACAGCACCAAGCCAGAGACCUGCAGGAACCCAGGCCGCAAGUUUGACCUGCGAGUCUAUGUGCUGGUGAUGUCGUACCUGCCGCUGCGCGCCUGGCUCUACAGGGACGGCUUCGCGAGAUUCUCCAACACCCGCUUCACGCUGAGCAGCAUCGACGAUCAGUAUGUUCACCUCACCAACGUCGCGGUGCAGAAGACAUCUCCUGACUACCACCCAAACAAGGGCUGCAAGUGGAUGCUCCAGCGCUUCCGGCAGUACCUAGCAUCGAAGCACAGCCCCCAGGUGGUAGAGACACUGUUCAGCGACAUGGACAACAUCUUCAUCAAGAGCCUCCAGAGCGUGCAGAAGGUGAUCAUCAGCGACAAGCACUGCUUCGAGCUGUACGGCUAUGACAUCCUCAUCGACCAGGACCUCAAGCCGUGGCUCCUGGAGGUCAAUGCUUCCCCCUCACUGACAGCCAGCAGCCAGGAGGACUACGAGCUCAAGACCUGCCUGCUGGAGGACACAUUGCACGUGGUGGACAUGGAAGCCAGGCUCACAGGAAAGGAAAAACGAGUCGGAGGCUUCGACCUCAUGUGGAAUGAUGGUCCCGUGAGCAGAGAGGAAGGGGCUCCUGACCUGCCGGGGAUGGGAAACUUUGUGACCAACACACACCUGGGUUGUGUCAAUGAUCGGAAAAGCCAGCUGCAGCAGCUGUUUCGCUCCCUUCAAGCCCAGAAGAAAGCUUCUAGUUAACCCAGCGCAGAGGAAAGAGGCUUUGGGAAGUCCACCCUGGCCUCUCCCUACCGGAUUCCUGCCAGCCGCUUCACUGAAUUCCUCUCCCUCCUUUCAGCCUGGCAGCAGCUUUGCUGGCUAAGCACAGGCUGCUUGCUGCUUGGACUGAGCCCCUACAUCCACCCACCCUGCCCCUGGGCAUCACUGCACCAGGAGACAGCCAAUCCCUGGGCCUGCAUCAGCUUGGUGACUGAGCCCAAAGAAGGCAAUUCUGCUACCCUGGAAAGAGCACAUCUAAUAAACAAGCUCAGGCCUUGCUUGGAGUCAGUGGGCAUCAGGCCUGGCUCAAUGCUGUUGGCAUUAGCCCAGUCCUCCUGGCUUUGGCAUCUUGAUGUCUCGGGUCAGCUGAAAGGGUCCCUACAACUAGGGAACUUGUCUGUGAGCUCAAAGCAAGCAGUUAUUAAGAUUGUUUACUGGAAGUUUGGAGAAGUGCUAAGCCCUGAACAAAUCUCCUCUGCAAAGCCCUAAUCUUACAUCAGAGAACCCAUGGCCUCCGCUGGGCCCUGUCUGAAAACCAGUGAGCCAGAAUGCCCCUUUCUCAGGUGGACAAGGAAGGACUGGGAAGGUAGAGCUGUUCAGAUAGAGUCUCACAAAAACGCAUUUUUCACUGUCAGCUAGAUGUCUCCCACUACUGCCAGGCAGUUCCCACUACCACGCCCUGCUCUGGCAGUUCUGGCUUCAAAUGGCAGAACCUGACUGUCUAGGUUAAAGCCAUGGAGCUUUUGGAUACAAUACUGGCAAAUCCAAGAAGUGAACGAGCAGGCCUCAGAAAGCCAGGAGUGGAGCUACUCUGGACCCUACACCUCCAGAGCACAGGGCUUUCCCUCCAUCCCUGUGUGGAACCUGCCCAGCUCCACUGCCAGGAGAAAGCACUGAACCAGGUGUGGCGGUGCACACCAGUGAUCCCAGCACUCUGGGAGACCGAGGCAGGAGGACUGCACGUUCCAGCCCAGGUUUGGGCAACUUAGUGGGACCCUGUCUCUAAAUAAAUAAAUAAAAAGGACCAAGGACUUA